AUGCCCGUUGUUCCGAUAUAUGUGAAGGGAGGUGCCUGGACAAAUUUAGAAGAUCAGAUUUUGAAAGCGGCGGUCCAAAAAUAUGGUACGCAUCAUUGGGGCAAAACGGCAUCUUUAUUGCACAAGAAAACGGCAAGACAAUGCGAAUCUCGAUGGAACGAAUUUUUGAAUCCACAGUUGAAUUUUGACAAGUUUAGUGCCAAGGAGGAUGCUACGUUAUUAUCGCUUGCCCGAGAAUUGCCCAAUCAAUGGAGAACCAUAGCUGACGUUUUGGGUCGAACAGCGCAGAUAUGUGUGAACAGAUAUAAUGAGUUGUUGGAGCAACAGGAUUCAGAGCUGGCAGUAACGAGUUCAUUGGAUUUCCAAGUUGGAGAUGUGAAUACAAUUGCAGAAUCGAUGCCCGCAAAACCAGAUGCCGCGGAAAUGGAUUACGACGAUAAGGAAAUGUUAGCAGAAGCGCAGGCGCGACUCGCGAACACCCAGGGUAAAAAAGCGACGCGGAAAAUUCGUGAAAGGAUGUUGGAAGAGAGUAAAAGAGUUGCGCAGUUGCAAAAACGACGUGAGUUGAAACAGGCAGGUAUAGACUCUAAGAUACCUGCACCGAGAAAACGGUACGCGACGGAAAUCGACUACAACGCUGAUGUUGUGUAUGAGCUUCAGCCUGAAGAAGGUCUUUACGAUACCACUUUGGAGCAGGAAACAGGACAACGACAGAGGGCUAGGUUGGAAGCUGUGGUCGACCGAAGGGGCUUCUAUUCAGGAGGGGAAUCGAAGCGUCAAAAAAGACAGAAACGUGAUGGUACCGGAAAGGUUUCUGUUAAAGCAUCGGAUUCUGCUGCAAUUGAUGAUUAUAAGAAACCCAAAUUGGAGCUUCCGCAACCGCGAAUCAGAUCUGUGGGUCACGUGGAGAAAUCUGUGGAGUCUGCGGAACUUAUUGUAAAACCAACUGCCAGUUUGAUCCGAAAUCACUUGGAACAGCUGUUUCUGCGGCUUCCGGAGCCCAAAAACGAUUUUGAAAUAGUCCUGGACGAGGAGGAUGACGAAAAGGACGCCGAGGAGAGCGAGGCGGCUGGUGAGAACCAAGUACAGCUGGAAGAAGCAGCUGAAAACGAUCCUUCGCCUUCCACUUCUCCAUACCGGGCAUUGCAAGACCUACUUCCACGACCAGAACCCGUGACAAACGCUACGUCGCCCGUCGAACUGGAAUAUAAUCGCAUUCUGGACCGGGGCCCCCCCGUAGACACCGACAAGAAACUUUUAAGGCAGCUUCUUCCAACACUGACGCUCGAUGUCGAAAAUUAUCAGCUCUACAUGCAAGAAACGCAAGACAUCCUUGCCAAAAAUCCCAUCACCCCACGAGACAAGAUCAAACAUCAACUGCAACAGUCUCUACAAAACAUACAACACACACAACGUGCGUUACGCGAUUCGGAAGCGCUGGCUCGCGAAAACGAUCGUAUUUCAACCAAACUUUGUCAAACCAUCAUUCCCGAAGCGGAUCGUUCUCAAACUAAUUACGCUUUAUUUUACGCGAUGUAUCAAAACGAAUACCACGCUCUACAGAAAAGAAUAGCCAAAUGGGAAGCGCUAGCCUCGACCUCAUCGUCCAUUUGA